CAGCCAUUGCAAAAACAUCUGCAAGGUACCGACUGCCGCUCGCACGUACAGCGCUGCGCGAGAGCGUCCUGGAGCUUACGAAAAUACACGCUGGAGCCAUGAAUCAAACUCCGUCAUGUGACGGAGGGGAGGUGCUGGGCUGGCUCCCAGCCAGUGGUAGGAGCUGAUGGGUGGAACAAACGGGGCAUAAAAAGACUAAUAUGACUAACGGAUCCUGGAUGCGUGGUACCUCUAUUUGGAUCUACAGGAAUGUGGGCUCUAGCAGUUCUGCAGCUCUACCAGCCCUUUGCCUGACACUGGAACUGCUGCUCACAAAGUAGAAUCCUGCUGCUCUGUGGUAGGAGGGAUAGAGAAAGAACAUGGCCUGCAUUUUGAAGAGGAAGUCCAUUGUUGCUGUGAGUUUCGUUGCAGCUUUCCUCUGCCUGAUCAUCGUCCGUCUCACAAAUGAAGUAACUUUCCCUUUGAUCCUAAACUGCUUUGGACAAACCAGCGUCAAGUGGAUCCCAUUUUCUAAUGGCCAAAGGCAUCCUCUGAGAACUCACUAUGGAUAUAUAAAUGUAAAAACACAAGAGCCUCUACAGCUUGACUGUGACCUCUGUGCCAUUGUUUCAAACUCGGGACAGAUGGCUGGCCAGAAGGUGGGGACCGAGAUAGACAAGUCCUCCUGCAUAUGGAGAAUGAACAACGCUCCCACGAAGGGCUACGAGGAAGAUGUUGGGAAAAGGACAACCAUCAGAGUGGUCUCUCACACGAGCGUGCCUCUCCUGCUCAAGAACCCCGAGUACUUUUUCAAAGAAACCAACAGCACCGUUUACGUGAUCUGGGGACCUUUUCGAAACAUGAGGAAGGAUGGGAAUGGCAUCGUGUACAACAUGCUGAAGAAAACUGUUGACAGCUACCCCAGUGCCAAAAUCUACGUGACGACGGAAAAGCGCAUGAGUUACUGCGACGCGGUGUUCAAGAGGGAGACAGGGAAAGACCGAGUCCAGUCAGGUUCAUAUCUCAGUACGGGUUGGUUUACCUUAAUUUUGGCUAUGGAUGCCUGCUAUGGAAUUCACGUCUAUGGGAUGAUAAAUGACACCUACUGCAAGUCAGAAGGCUUUCGUAAAGUUCCCUACCACUAUUACGAGCCAGGAAGAGAUGAGUGUGAGGAAUACUUUCUCCAUGAAAACGCUCCAUAUGGAGGCCAUAGGUUUAUCACAGAGAAGAAAGUAUUUGCUAAAUGGGCCAAGAAGCAAACAAUAAUAUUUACACAUCCCAACUGGACAGUGUCUUGAUACUGGUUUUCUUAACUCUCUCUUAACAGGAUAUUACAAAAAUGUCUCAGUUUACAGUAGUUUUGCUUACAUCUGGCUGGCCUUUCUCAGCCUGGGUAACACUAAACUAAAAACCAGAAGGCAAAGAGGGUGAUGGUUCAGCUGCUAAGCAAAAUUAAUCAUCUGUGGAAGGUAGACACAUUGUUUGUUAAUUCUUAGGGUUUUACUCCACACUAUGCACUUUAUACUUUAACUGGAUUUUACUUCAAGGCAGGAGCAGUUAAAUACAGAGAUUUCCUGUAUAUACAGGUGUACACAGAGAACAUGGUGAUCCUUUGAAACUUGUCCAUCAUCUCAGAUAUGUAAAAUUAGUAUUUAUAGCUCAUUGGCAGUACUGCAGCACUAGUUUCCUUUCUAGUAUUAGCAGAAAUUUUCAACAAGAGAAAUAUGAGGAAAAAUAUAGACCUCCAAGGUCCAUAAGUGAGUAAAUUAAAAAAAAAAAACAGCUGAAUACAUUGAUACAUGUGAGCACUUGCAUAUAUGGUAAAAUUAGAGAUGAGCUAAACAUGGUUCUUGAACUGUUCUCAACUUUUGCACGAGAAGAUGCUGCUUGCUCAAGGCUCCUGAUUAAUCCAUAAGUUCUGAAAUGCAGCUUCCUUCCACCCUGGUCAGGCUGUACCACCUGGGGCAAUGCAGUUUGUACUUUUUGAAGCCGUUGUCCCACUGUUUAGCUCCAGCAGCAUGGCACUCAGAAAAGACUGUGUUUUGCAGCCCAUGGUGAACCUUUGGCUGUUGUACCAAGUCUGCUGUCAGUAUCCAAACCCAUGAGUGAAAAGUUGUCUCGUGAAUAUCUCCAUUUACUCUAGUUAUGCCUUUGAGUUGCUCCAACAUCCAAAUAAUAGUAUUUUGACAGUAUUUCCCAUGCAGCCAUCAUAAUUUAUUUUAGAUCUCCAGUUUCUCCAGCUUUAAAAACAGGGAUAGUGUCUAUCUACCUCACAAGGGAGUUGUGAGGACUAAUUUAAUUUAAUUUAAAGCACUUUCCUGAUGAAGAAUGCUACAGAUCAUUUAUUCUUAACACAAAAACAAUGGUACCUGUCAUUUAUUCCUGUCUGUUGGGUAUUUGAAGAAAGUGACAGCAUGUCUGGAUCUGAUGGCGAAUUGUUCUGUGCAUCCGCUUUCCUACUGAGGAUAAUUUGUAAUACUGAGUUGUCUCAGCUUGCAUUGCUUCAGAUGAAGUUGAAAGAACUCCCCACCUUACAGCAUUAGCUGCACAUCAAGAGGCAGUUCAAGAAUUUUAAAAUAUACUCAUCUCUAGUUUAAAUAUGUAUUUCUGAGCUUACUGUCAUGGAAAGUUUUCAACUGCAGCAAACUCAGUUGUAAUAUGACCAUAAUUCAACUACACAUGUGAGUUUUAUUUAAACUGUAUUUAAACUAAUGCUUUAAGUUUAGAAUGUGUCCUAUGAAUAUUUGAACAUCUGGAAUGUCAGAUUCAACACUGUAAUAGCCAAUACUGUGAACACUUGAAGGAAUUACGUGUGGAACAUGUCACACAGGGUUUACUCACACUACUUAAACAUUAACCAACAGGAAACUUUAUAUGCUUUUGUAAAUCAUGAAAAGGGGAAAGUAAAAAGCUAUUUUUACAUGUAAGUAUUUGUAUACUGACUAUUUCCUAUUGUAUAUUUGUAUAUAUAAAUCUAUAUUUUAUAUGUUCAUCACAUAUAUAUUCUGUCAUCAGCAGCUGCAACUCUUAGAAUGGGGAGGAAAUCUCUUCACCACUGUUCCUCCUCCUGACUGUUGGUUUCUUGUUCCUGUUGGUACGUGAUGCCAGGAUAUCAUCUCUGUUGCCCCUUCUGUUUUCUACUCUAAAUGCAGCUUUCUGGUUUUAUUUUUUAAUAUAGCUCAGCUUUCACUGUUUACUUUAGUACUCUAAGUAUUCAUGGUGGUUGUCAGACAGAGGCUGGGGCCACGCUUAUGAUCCUGGAUAAACAUCUAUAUUUAAAUACAGGCUUUGUCCCAGACUUCUUGCAUGAUUUGAUGUCUCACCUUCCUGUUUGGAAAAGGAGAACCAUAGUAUUUUCCUACUCCCUUUCUUGUGUGACUUUCUUGUAAGCUGUUGAGAUGAAUAUUCCCAUUUUCAAUUUAUUUGUAUAAUGCCUUGCAGGAGACAUACCCAAAAUGUCUGAAAACUACAGGCAAUGCUAUAACAGGCAAAUACUUUGAAGUGGCUUCUCGUUGUCUCUGGAGUUAAAGAUCAGUUGUAAGCUAAUAUAGCAUGGGAUGAAAUCAAAAGGGGAAAGGGCCAGGGAUGGAUAAAGAGUUGUAGUAGCAAAAGCCAGUGGUCUAAAUCUCUCACCAUCUGCAUAUGCAUCUUUUCAGUUCAGAUGGAUGGCUGGAUAUAUGGAAAGCUAAUAGAAUAAUUGUAAUGCAGGAUUUGAAGAAUGCAGGACGUGCAGAACUAGGGAGAAUGUUCCACACAUAUUGUACAGGGCAGCCUGGGAAAUCCUAUAGCUCCCUUGAGGGAAGAGGAGCUGAAAGGGAGAACAUCAGUCAAAUUGAACAUGUAUUUAGAAGGUCUUUGGGUUAAUACAAAACUGCUAUGAAAGUGCUGCCCAUGGAUGUGUGAUUGGGCUGGACAGACUUACAUGGAAGUUUCUUCAUGAACUGUUUCUCCUGAAUGAGCAUCAGGAUUCUGCCUCGGUUGUGUUCAUGUGCAAGGUGUUUUUUUAAGCCUGAGAAAGUUUUUCAGAUAAUUAACACUUGCCAAUUCAACGUAAAACUGUUGUAAAAUAUGUGCUUCGUCCCAAAGCUCCUUGAAGAGUGCUUGCAUGCUGCAUGAAACAAUAUCACAAAGGCUAGCUAAGAAAAAUACAGCUCUAAGAGCAGCUAAAUGUACACAUAAUGGAGAACACCAUUAGAGUGCAGUUGUCACAAAGUAAAAUGUUGCUCUCUGCCUGGAUUUGCACUAAGAGCAGAUCCACUUUAGAAAGGUAGCAGCAGGCUUCAUUCACACGAGAGUAAAUGAACAUCACUUCCCUUAUUUAAAUGAAGCUGUCUUUAGCAUAAACUAAAUGCAUGUUUACAUUAGUUUUAUUAUAUGAGUAAGGAACUGUGACCACUGUGUUAAAGAUGAUUCUGCAAAGAAAUUACUUGGUCAAAAUCUGUUAAAAAUCUGUGAUACUGAAGAAAGAAUCUCGGUACUUGGCUGUGUAGUGAGGGACCUUGGUGAUUCACCUUCUGAGAGCAGUUAAGACAUCAGCUGAGAAUCAUUUAUUAAUUCUUUAAGAUAAAACCUACUACAGUUUACCUGAAUGUAAUCAGAUCCUAAUUGCUUAUUCAUUCAAGCAGCCCUAUUUUAAUCAACUACUCAUGUGUAUAAAACAAGCAGGGAGUUUACCUGAGGUUUUCAAAAUGCAUCUCCACGUUGCUGUUAAUAGGGGAAUACUUACAAAUAGUUUGGCCUUUUUUGGCCAUCAGUCAGCUAAGUAGUCAACAAAUGUUUUCUUUUACAAUUUAGGGGAAUUUAGUACACUUCUGAAAAAAAAAAAAAAAAGGAAAGCAUUUAUUGUUUGGUUUGCUGUAGGUUUGGUUUUAACAUUUGGUUUGAACAUUUAAAUUUUAAUAUACUUUUAUCUUUUAUGUGGCAUUAUCUUCCGACUGAUUUUUUUUCAAAGUAAAAACUUUUAAAUGGGAGCAGAAAUUUGCAUAAGAAAAAAAAUAUCUUUUCAAAUGGCUAAUUACUAAUUCAAGGGUAAUUAGUGACAGGACCCAAGGGAAUGGCCUGAAGUUGUGUUCAGGGAGGUUUAGGCACUGGAACAGGCUCCCCAGGGCAGUGGUCACAGCACCAAGCUGUGAAGCUCAAGAAGCAUUUGGAUGAUACUCUCAGGCCCAUGGUGUGACUCUUGGGGAUGGGCCUGUGCAGGGCUAAGGGUUGGACUCAAUGAUCCUUGUGGAUCCCUUCCAACUCAGCAUAUUCUGGGAUUUUGUGAACAUAAGAAACUUUUCUUUCCAAACUGCCACACCAAGCUUUUCAUCCCCAUUAGAUGUCCAGAUCACAUUCUUCUGCUUAUAGCAAGGCCUCUUCUCAGAAAGCAAAAAAUUAGUCUGUGUAUCCAGCCAAAUUCCCUUUCCAUCUGGGCUGGGAGGCUCCAUCUGCAGACUGCUCCUAUCAGUUACAUCAGUAAGUGGGAAGGACUGAUGAAGAGUUCUACUUAGGAGCAGAUGGUGUUCCAACUACUAAAAAGUGCCCCUAAAGUGCUUCAGGCGAGGAGUACCCAUUGAUCUUUCCUGGAAAUACUUUACUAAAGUAUUGGCUUUCUUCAAAUGCCUUCAGCUCCUCUGUAGGAUAAUUGUCCUACUCUGUCUAGUAGGAGUUAUCAGCAAUGGGGAAGCAUGCCCUUUACAGGAAGAAACAGGCAAAUUCGGUGUUGUUAAAUAUUUCUAUAUAAACAAUACCAGGGAUGAAGGUGUCAGCCUGACACAAAUUAUCUGAACUUUCACUGAUUUAGGAAUCUCUGAGGACUCGUUUCAUAACUAAUGGAAAUCACUUUGGCAAGUUCAUGAAUACAGCACCCAUCCCAUUAAAAUCUCUGCACUCCUGGGUACUGAGGUAAGCAGAGUUUUGUCUGAGAAGUACCACGUGCACAUAAUGCAUAGCAGAGUUACUAAAGAGAAGCCCAUCCAACACUUGGAGGGCUGAUGCUGGUGGUCUUUCUUUAUUCACCUGCUUGUGGGCUGGACAGAAGUAGGACCCCACACAAAGGUAGCUAGCAGCAGAGCACAGGUGCCCAACCAGAAGACAUGUCCAGGUAAGUAAGAAUUAAAUAAGUAAUCUCUCAUGAAUUAUAACUGGAUGGUGCCCUUAGUAAAUAGAAAAUCAGAAGCACUUUACAUAGUGAUGCUUAUAAUUUGCUGGCAUUUUUUUCUGCAUGUAUUCAGAAAUAGUGUGUUGUUAGCUGUGUUCAAGCAAGCCCAGGGUUUGUUGAUGAUGAACCUUAGGGUACCCACAAGAGUGAAACUGUGUUAGUGCCAAAUGAUCACACAGGAGCUGUCUGUGGGUGUUACGAUGUCCUGUGUACAGCAGUCAUGUAUUUACUGAAAAAAGGCCUGUGGUUCCUGGCUAGGGGUAGUUCUUAUGAGGAGGAAGUGUUUCAUUUUCAGCAGAUGUGUCUCAUUUUGUUCCUUCUUUCCUGAGAGGGUGCACAGAAUGGGUCUUAACUGUAGGGGAGUGAAGAAUGCUAUGUUAAAUAGCCAGCAACCAGAUUCAUAUAUGUUUUUCUGGCUAUUUCUGUGAUGUAUAGCUAAAGACAGAGAAGCCUUGUAUAGCAUAAGCUACAGAAGUCUCAUGUCUGUUCUGGAUUAGAGUCUCAUAGGCAAACUCUCGAAAAGAGCCUGAAGGAGGAAGAAAAGAUCUCUCUCCACUGAAAGACGGGGUUUCUGUGGAAGCCCUAAUAAUGUGUGAGGCACAGCUGGGCCUCCUCCCUCAGCUUUUGUAGGUCCCUCCCAGCCGAAGAUUUGGUCCUUUUCCAGCCCCGUUGGAGAAGUGCAUUCUCCAGCUGACUGAUGCAGCCUCUGAGCUGCACAAAGUCCUCCCUGUCCUCCCCUUCUGUGGGGCCAGAGGAGUGGUGAAUGUGGUGAAUGAGGAGUGCUGGGUGUCAGAGCAGGGAUGUUCUUUCCAGUCAGCAGUGUGGUUUGCUGGGGGCACAGUCCCACCUCACGUGCUGAGCUCAGUUCCUCUGAGUGUGGCAGGAAAGAUAUCACUGGGCUUUGUUAUUGUUUGUGUGAUUAACUCACAAAGAGUCACUAUUUUAUGGGUGUCUUAAACAGCUGAUUUCACGUCUUUUUUGAUUGCUUGCUGCUGUUUCUGGGAAUUCCUCAAGAUAUGCAGCUAUCAGCAUCUGCCACUGCUGUUCUGAUUUACUGGCCAUAAAAAGAUUGUAAACUUGAACAACUUGAACUAAUGCAUGUUCUUGUCAUGUAUUAUGCAUGAUAGCAUGUUACACAUUUUAUUCUCCAAUAUAAUAAAUAAUGUAAGUUUUAUGUAAACUUAGUUCAGGCGGGGGAAGUAGUGCUUUUUCUUUCUCUCAUAUCAUGUGUUGCCCAGAGCACUUUGCUGGAGCCUUGUAAGUGCCAUUAGCAGCUGGUAGCAAAUAAAUUGCUGAAACCAGUCAGGAAAUAUUUACUAAAUUUGACAUUUUUCACUGGAAUAUCAGAAAUAGUUCAACUUGCUUUUGUGAACCUACUCCGGUACUCACAGUCACAAUUUUAUGUUCUGUUCUAAAGAAAUCUCCCAUCAGAGUGUAGCACCAGGAAUGACUUUAUUGACACAGAUAAUGUCAGGAUGUUGGCGAGGCAAUGAUCCCAAAGUUUUUACAUUUAUGGGAGUAUCUUUUUAACGGGCAUUGAACAUGUAGAAGAUUGGCUAAGAUGCCUGCAGAUUUUUUCAUAUUGUUGCUGCUGAAAAUAGUAUUUCUGGGGAUGGUCAGUGGAAAAAGAAAUUGUGUGCUCCUUGCCCUUUUGGCUGAGCAUCUGUCCCCUCCUCAUACUCAGGCACACGCACACACAUGUGCAAACACUCUGAGUGUCUAUAUGGGAAGGUCCUUUUUUUCCAGGUAGUGGCAAGGAAGAACAACUAAGACCAAUUUACAUGGUAAAUACAGGUUAUAAUACUUGUCAAUUCAUGUUUAUUCUGUGUGUUUCCAAAGCCUGUGUCUGCAUCAGCAAAGAAUUAGCUCAGCUGGAUUGGAUCUGUAGCCUGAAACUGUUGGUGCCAAGGACCUGAUGUCCACACUGUGCUCAGUCCCUAGUUUGGUCCCAUGGGCUGAAUGCCACUAGUGAUGGGAGCACAUCUUUUGGUUCCAUCCAAAAAGAAUCUGGUUCACAUCCUCAGGAACACUCCAUCACACAAACUAAAGCUCUUUUAUUGAGGCCACUGUACUGGACUGUCCCAUGUGGAAGUGAAAUUCCUGCUAGACCAUCUUUUGGCUCAAGCUUUGCAUAGUUUUUUUUUUCAUGGAUACUUUUCUUUCAAAUCUGAGAUCUGGUUCCUCCUGUCAGAUCAUGGGAAUCAAGGGCUCUUGACUCUUCCUAAAAUUACCAUCCAAAUGUGCUCCAUAAGUCGGGAGUGUGAUAUAGGACAAAGUGGUCCAGCAUUGGUACGGCUUGGAAAGUGCUUUGAUGAAGAGUUAACGUGAUUCUGCUUGUGGAUGUAAUUUUAUCCUGAACAUGCUGGGUGCUUGCUAAUGCAUGCAUUGUUUUUAUGUAGUGCAGGACACAUAAAAAUUCCCUUCAUCAUUUUCCCAGGGUAUUUUUGUUCUUGUGGCCUUCCAGUUGUAUCUGUGUAUACAUGCAUAUGUGCAUAUAUAUACAGUGCACAAGCAUUCUUCUGUUCUUAGACAGUUCCUACUAUAUGCUGUUAACAUAAACUUAUUUAGGCAGUUCAUGUUACACUAUUUAUUACAUGUAUUCUUUGGUUGCCUUUUCGUAAUGCUGGCAAGUGUAUUGAUAGCAGAUAUCACUGUAGACCUAGAAAACUUUCAUGCUAUUUAUACUUAUUUUAGAUGUUCUGCCAUGUGUUUUUUCUUGCUAUAUGUUACUUAGUUUUUGCUCUCAUUUGGAGAAUGUGCUUCUAUGUAUUUGCAAAAUUGUGCCUGGGUAAUUUUAAAACAUGAAUAAAUGUAUAUGGUUUUCCA